AGAAAGACCUGCUUCACGCCACCACCUCUUUCCCCUCCCACGGCCUCUAUUUGGCGUCAUGGCCGCUGCCGCCGCUCUGGAGGCGGUGGCGCCUACGGGCGCUCUGUGGGGCCUCGUGCACGACUUCGUAAUGGGUCAGCAGGAGAGUCCCGCUGACCAGGUGGCUGCAGAUGUGAAAUCUGGCAGCUAUACAGUGUUGCAAGUGGUGGAAGCCCUUGGGUCUUCUCUAGAAAAUCCAGAGCCCCGAACUCGGGCACGAGGAAUCCAGCUUUUGUCACAGGUGCUGCACCAGUGUCACUCCUUGCUGCUGGAAAAAGAAGUGGUGCACCUGAUCCUGUUCUAUGAGAACCGGCUGAAGGACCAUCAUCUUGUGAUCCCAUCCGUCCUUCACGGUCUGAGGGCACUUAGCCUGUGUGUGGCUUUGCCUCCAGGGCUGGCUGUCUCUGUCCUGAAAGCCAUCUUCCAGGAGGUACAUGUACAGUCCCUGCCUCAGGUGGACCGACACACAGUCUACAAUAUCAUCACCAACUUUAUGCAGACGCGGGAAGAAGAACUGAAAAGCCUGGGAGCUGACUUCACAUUUGGCUUCAUCCAGGUUAUGGAUGGGGAAAAGGAUCCCCGUAAUCUUCUGGUGGCCUUCAGCAUUGUCCAUGACCUCAUCUCCAGAGACUAUAGUCUUGGACCUUUUGUGGAAGAGUUAUUUGAAGUUACAUCCUGUUAUUUUCCUAUUGAUUUUACCCCUCCACCUAAUGAUCCCCAUGGUAUCCAGAGAGAAGAUCUGAUCCUGAGUCUUCGGGCUGUUCUGGCUUCAACACCUCGAUUUGCUGAGUUCCUGUUGCCCCUUCUGAUAGAGAAAGUGGAUUCUGAGAUGCUGAGUGCCAAGCUGGAUUCUCUGCAGACUCUAAAUGCUUGUUGUUCUGUGUAUGGGCAGAAGGAACUGAAGGAUUUCCUCCCCAGCCUUUGGUCUUCUAUACGCAGAGAGGUGUUCCAGACGGCAAGUGAGCGGGUGGAGGCAGAGGGCCUGGCAGCCCUCCUCUCCCUGACUGCGUGUUUGUCUCGUUCUGUGCUGAGGGCUGAUGCUGAGGACCUCCUUGACUCCUUCCUUAGCAACAUCUUACAGGACUGCAGGCACCAUCUCUGUGAACCGGACAUGAAGCUGGUAUGGCCUAGUGCCAAGCUGCUGCAGGCAGCCGCAGGUGCAUCUGCCCGAGCCUGUGACUACAUCACCAGCAACGUCCUGCCUUUGCUGCUGGAACAGUUCCACAAGCACAGUCAGAGUAACCAGCGGCGGACAAUCCUUGAAAUGAUGCUUGGGUUUUUGAAGCUGCAACAGAAAUGGGGAUAUGAAGACAAAGAUGAGAAGCUUCUGAGCAGCUUCAAGGACCAACUGUGCUCACUGGUAUUCAUGACCUUGGCAGAUCCUAGCACCCAGCUUCAACUUGUUGGCAUCCGUACACUUACAGUCUUGGGUGCCCAGCCAGACCUCCUGUCUCCUGAGGACCUGGAGCUGGCAGUGGGUCACCUCUACAGACUGAGUUUCCUGGAGGAGUCCCAGAGUUGCAGGGUGGCAGCAAUGGAAGCAUCAGGAGUCCUCGCCAGUCUCUACCCUAUGGCCUUCAGCAGCCACCUAGUACCCAAGCUUGCUGAGGAGCUUCGUGUGGAGGAGUCAGACUUGAACAGCAGUAAGGGACCCACCACAUGUGCACGACAACUGCUCAGUCUGCAAGCCUUGUCGGCUGUAUCCACACAUCCCAGCAUUGUCCGGGAGACCCUGCCUCUGCUGCUGCAGCAUCUCUGCCAGCUACACAAAGGAAAUAAGGUGGCAGGAUCCAGUGACGUUAUUGCUGUCUGUCAGAGCCUCCAGCAGGUGGCAGAAAAAUGCCAGCAGGACCCUACAAGCUGCUGGUAUUUCCAUCAGACAGCUGUCCCCUGCCUGCUUGCUUUGGCUGUGCAAGCGUCCAUGCCAGAGGAGGAGCCAUCCGUUCUGAGAAAAGUGCUGUUGGAGGAUGAUGUCUUGGCCGCCAUGGUGUCUGUCAUUGGCACCGCCACCACCCACCUGAGCCCUGAAUUGGCUACCCAGAGUGUGGCCCAUAUUGUGCCCCUAUUCCUGGACGGUGACAUCUCCUUUCUGCCUGAAAACAACUUCCCGUGCAGAUUCCAGCCAUUCCAGGAUGGCUCUUCAGGACAGAGGCGGCUGGUUGCACUGCUUAUGGCCCUUGUCUGCUCCCUGCCGCGAAAAGUGGAAAUCCCUCAGCUGAACCAACUCAUGCGGGAGCUUCUAGAGCUAAGCUGCUGCCAGAGUUGCCCUUUCUCCUCUACUGCUGCGGCCAAGUGCUUUGCAGGACUCCUCAACAAGCACCCUGCAGGGCCACAGUUAGAUGAAUUCCUGCAGCUGGCUGUGAACAAAGUAGAGACUGGCCUGGGUUCUGGGCCCUGUCGCAUUCAGGCCUUCACACUGCUCCUGUGGAUAACAAAGGCCCUGCUUCUCAGAUACCAUCCUCUCAGCUCCACUCUCACAGACAGACUCAUGGGGCUCCUGAGUGAUCCAGAACUGGGCCCAGCAGCAGCUGACGGCUUCUCUCUGCUCAUGUCGGACUGCUCUGAUGUACUGACCCGCGCUGGCCACGCCGAAGUCCGGAUUAUGUUCCGCCAGCGAUUCUUCACAGAUAACGUGCCUGCUCUGGUCCAGAGCUUCCAUGCUGCUCCUCAAGAUGUGAAGCCAAAUUACCUGAAGGGUCUCUCUCACGUACUUAACAGACUGCCCAAGCCUGUGCUCUUGCCAGAGCUGCCCACACUGCUUUCCUUGCUGCUGGAGGCCCUGUCCUGCCCUGACUGUGUGGUCCAGCUCUCCACGCUCAGCUGCCUUCAGCCUCUUCUACUAGAAGCACCUCAGGUCAUGAGUCUUCACAUUGACACACUCGUCACCAAGUUCCUGAACCUGAGUUCUAGCCCUUCCAUGGCAGUCCGGAUAGCAGCACUCCAGUGCAUGCAUGCGCUCACCUACCUGCCCACCCCCGUGCUGCUGCCGUACAAGCCGCAGGUGAUCCGGGCCUUGGCCAAGCCCCUGGAUGACAAGAAGAGACUGGUGCGCAAAGAAGCUGUGUCAGCCAGAGGAGAGUGGUUUCUAUUGGGGAGUCCUGGCAGCUGA